AUGUUUCCACCAUGCGACCCCUCCAUUCUCGAGAAUAAUCCACAAUUCAAACGACUGUACGAGAACCUCACAACCUCUCUCCUCAGCCCUGAUGCCUCUACUCGCGCCCGGCCUGCAAGCUCGGCGCAUACAGUCCAGGAAGACCUGAAGCAAUGCCAGACUCGACAUGCCAAAAAGCGAAUCAAAGAGCAGAUGCUCCAGCAAUUGGCCUUUGCCCCAGACACCAGCUUAUCCACUGACCACCACGAUAACCUCGCCAUAAUAACGCUGUUCCUCUCAACACCACCAGGCGCCCUUUCCUCAGACCAAGACAACGACACCCUAUCACUCCUAACCCCAGACAUCCAAACAUUCACAGCAAACAUCCCAACUCUAAUCCAACCCCUCUCAACCCUCCUCAGCAAAUCAAUCCACGACCUCCGCGCCCUCUCCGCCCAACAACAAACCCCAGAGCCCGAACUCCCAAGCCACAAUGCACGCGCUCGAGCCCGCGACCGUCGCGUCCGAACCUCAAUGGCACCAGUCCCUCUGCUCUCAGACGAGUUGAGCGCGCGAGUCCACAACCUGCGCCAAACCCAACUGGUAGAAAUCCCAGCCGCGCGCCGCAAAAUGGCCGCUACAGCAGCGGAGGUCGUUGCGCUGCAAACCCACAUUCUUGAGCGAACGGUCGUCAUUCUCGAGAGGGCGAAGUAUGGGGCUCUUGUGCGCGCGACGAGGGCUAAGGCGGAGCACUUGGCUAUUGUUGCUCAGGGGGUUGAGGGUAAAUUAGAGGUUACGAAAUUGGAGAUUGCGAGUAUGAUCUAUUCUCCUGAGACUGUGGCUGCUCUUACGAGGUAUAAAUCGCAUUUGGAAGAUACGGCGGAGCGUCUGGAGGAUCGCAGGAAGGUUGCUAUUGGGGAGUUGAAGGCUCUGGGGGAUCCUGAGCUCUGUGGCGUGGAUGGAGGGGCUCUUGAUGAUAUCAAGAGUAGGUAUGGAACUUUGGCAAGGGAGGUGGAAUUGGUGAAGGCGGAGAUUGUUCAGUUGGAGAAAUGA